AUGGCAGGGCCUAUCCAGGUCGGUGAUAUCGUCAAUAUAAGUAAGGUCUGUUGGGACCUAUACAAGUUCGGUUGGGAUAAUGAUUAUAACGCAACCAGGCAAUAUGCUGAGUUUGGUCGCGACGUUAGAGGUCUGGCCCAAAGCCUUGAUAUUCUUAGCCGUGUUGUGAUCCAGGCAGAUCAGUCUCUUCGCAGGGAUGGCUCAUUUACAAAGUCACUGCGAUGGGAUCCGUCGUCGCUGGGAGAGAUCAUCGGGGAUUACCUUGAUACGAUUAACGACUGCGUCGAACUUCUCAACAAAAACCACCGUUAUCGACUGAGUAGCGGUCCUGUGAAAAAUAUCGAAUUCAACGUCCUCGUCGCACCGGCUGCGGAUCGGCUCCGGGCGAGAAUAGCCCUUCACAACUCCAAGAUUCUUCACGUGCUAAAGCCAUUUGAGAUUGACCUUUUAUGUCGUGUGCGAGAGGACAUUCACAAAGUCCACCAGGACCUCGCCAAGCGCAUAGAAGCAGUGCAUGGAGACCUACAUCGCCUGAUUGGGGUUCUAGUCCCAGAUCUUGAGCAGGCCUUGGACCGGCAAGCGCACAGGGAAGUGCACACUCUUAACAUACCGCCAGUGUUGAAGGAGGGCCUCCAAAGAGCAUGGAUGAACCGGCCUGCAGAAGAUCCAGAGCCUACCCUCCAGGAGAUGACCGAUGCCUUUGUGCUUCACUAUGACAAGUCAACCGUCCAUUUCAUACCUGUUGGCAUUCUGGUCGAAGACAAGAUACCCCCCUUGGGGCAGUAUAUAAGUCUUCUGAAGUGUAUCUGGCUGAAGCAGCAUAUACGCGAGUCACAGCAACUCAACCAGGCUAUCCCCGGGGUAUCGCAUUGGCCGUCGUAUGUUCAAGAGCUUGAGGAUGGCCUCUCUGCGCAAUGUGGACGAUUUAAGGUGGACCUCGUACAACCCAGCCUGGCAGGCCUGACGCCAGAUAUGCUCGAAAUCUGGCCCGAAACAGAGGAGACGCCACUGGUAGAUGUGGUAACCAAAGAUGCUCUAAUGGAGCAAGUUCUCGACAUUCAACUACAAGGAUCCACCGCCAACGUCCAGAGAAAACUCCAGGUGCUUCGACGAAUGGGUGCAGAAGGCAGACGUUUCAGAAUAAACAUCUCUGGUGUCGAACAGGGGAGUUCGAGGGCUGCACGUCGCCAAGCCGAAACCAUCGAUUUCGACAUCACCACUGUCGUUCUGAAUCCACUGUACGCAGUGCCUUCCAUGCUGGGGUCCGGGGCGUUAGACAUGAUUCUACGGAAAGAUGAGCGAAUCGCCAGACUAUCUUUCUUGAGUAUCAAAGACCUUGUCAAAUUCCAGCAGGCCGUGACGGGGUUCAAAGUCUUUGAUAACUAUUGCCAGUAUAACGCCAUGGUCAGUUUCGUCGUCUCUGGAAGGGAUGAGCCCUUUGUGGAAGACGCUUGUGUUCAGUUUUGGAUUCCGAAGCAGCUCGACGGCCAACUCGUGACCAACAACGAAGCAGUUGUGAGGGAGAACUCUUUACCUGCAACAUCAUCGACUUCGAGGCAAAGCACUAUCCGUAGCCUUUGGGGUUCCCCCGACAACCUUACGGCAAGCCCCACGGAAACGACACCCAUGUGGAACGGUUUCGGGUCCCCAGCAGGACCUUCGUCGCGUAACCCUUCGGUAUCAUCAGCUUCUACGCUCGGCGGUUUGAGCCCCUUGGGCAACCGGCCACCCAUGUCUAUACCACGACGGCCUGUAGGGUCUGGAAGCACACAGGGUUCAGGCUCUCCUCCCGUUGGUAAUCGGCAAACGGGAAUGGCGUCUUCGCCAUCUAGUCCUCGAUCCUCCAGCUUGUUCCCGGGGUCAUGGCAGUCCGCUGCCAGACGGCCGUCUAUUUCCACCCUCAAUACUCAUCCAGACCGAACCUUCAGCGUGUCAAGCAACGUUUCCACGACACCGUCGCUGUCGCCAUCCAACAACAGCUCAGGAAACAGCGAGGCUCACACACUUACGGUGAGCAUCGGCGGGAACACGACCGGAACCGUACACCGGCGGCCACCGAAGCCGAUGAUUGUCCUAUAUACCCAGAACCGGGCAACCAGGAGACUGGCCCUGGUGACGGUGGAUAUUGACGAAGAUACCGAGGUCAACCCGGACCGGUGCAACUGCAGGCGGUCCGGAAAGGAUGGGGCGUCGUGCACGAUUGCCUCCAUCGAGCAGAAACGGGGCACGGAGAACAUGGCAGCACGGCGAUAUGAGAGCCGCAACGGAGACACGGACUGGAACUUGGCCAAGCUGGCUCUUGGGCAACGGGGCGAGAGGGAAUACGCUGCCGCCAAUUGGAAGAACGUCCGAAGAAUCAGCAUCAUGUUCACGGCCCCGGGAGAGCGAGCAAAGUUCUCGGGGACCCCCAACAUGUGCCAAUGCGGAACGCGGACGGAAGCAGAGCUCGCCGGGUGCCUCAAGAAGCAGCACAAGGGACACUUGGGUCUGGUGCGAGAGUUUGGGCGACAACAACUGCACAAUUAUCAUCAAGCAAGGUUCGCGUCGCAGCAGGACGUGGUGCGUGGGAUGAGGGAUGACUAUCGAUAG